ACAGAAAGCUGUUUAUUCAAACAGUGCCGACCGAUGAGUGGUGCCUGAAAGAAGACGAAUGAUGAUUUCAUACUGCCCUGUGUGUGGAAAACCAGUCUACUUUGCUGAGCGGAAGCGUUCUCUCGGCAAAGACUACCAUCCCCUUUGUCUGAAGUGCUACCAUUGCAAACGGCAGCUCAGCUCUGGCCAGCACGCCGAGUAUGAUGACAAACCUUACUGCUCCUAUUGCUAUCUUCAGCGCUUUGGACCAAGAGGAACAAGGCCUUCAACAAGUCGCUCAUCAUUUGGUGGAUCUCCUUCUUCGAAGGCUUCAGCAGAAAUCCGAAAAGCGUCCUAAAUGUCAUUUCUUCAUUAUGUUAUGGAAGCAGCACUUUAUAAAACCUUUAUAAGAGCUUCUCUUCAUUUUUAAAAAACAUCCCGCAGCCUUACCGGGGCUUUCUGCUUCCAGUUUCGUUCUGGGAUUGCAAUCAGGGUGACCACAUGGUUUGAAUUGAAUACUUUCUCUAUCUGCCUGCUCCAUUCACUUUAAUAAAAUGUCACCAUCUAGUGGUGGAAUUAUAG